UUCGCACCACUGCCUGCUUCAAAGCUGUUUCUUCUCUCACGCGAGUCAAGUUCGGAAGAAGGUUGCUGCUGGCUAGCUUGGUGAUUUUUAAAAUCGUGUGAAAAAAGCAAUCCAGCUCCCGGAACGGGCCAGCAGUAUGUGGAUUACGGCCUACGGUGUCACGGAUUAGCGGAAGUUGUGGAAAGGGGUUUCGGCCAAAGCGCUGACGUUUCAACAAAGGCGCCCGGACAUCGUCGUCGGAGGCAGGCCCUAUAGCUGGAAGGUAAAGUGAUUCGCAAUAAAAAGUGCUUGGAAUAUUACUGCCUGGAAAACGCGACGUGACAGAACCCCAACCAAGUGCCAGAACGUCCCGAAGUGUGUGCAAAUCGCUGGGACAGGUCGAUUUCACCUGUGCGUUUUGUUCGUCGGUCGUCGUCGGGGGCGCCUAGUUUCAUGGAACAUCCGACACGGGAAUCGAUCUGGACGACGUGCAGCAGCUGCUGGUGGUGCCAGCCGGAUUGUACUUUGGCCACUUGAGAGGCUACCGAGGAGAGAGGGAGGAGAAGUGGUGCAGCCGCCAGUACACAAGUGCCAAAAGGAGUGUGUACAGUGGGACAGCAAUUUGAAGUGGUGGAGUCGAGGUGAAGAAUCUGCUGUAGAAGUGAAUAUCCUCCUGGUGAAGAUGAUUGUCGAAUAAGCGAAACGAAAGGAAAGGGAGUUGAUAAAGAAGCGAGUUGAGUGUGUGGAGCAGUAGAGAAGCAGGCGCAAAAGGUGUAGAAAAGAGGAAAAGUCAAGCAGCUGAAGAGUACCAGCAGUGGGCUAUCGAUUUUCGUACAGUGAUCCAGUGUCAGAAGCACGGGAGGGAAAACACAGCGCGAAAGAGAGAACGAAGUCGUCGUCGUCGUCGCCAGAAACAGCUGAGACGUGGUGGAUCCUUGGAAGGAGGUUGUUGGGUUGGUUGGAUAUCCCAAGCGAGUGUGCGAGUGUGAGUGAGUCCCCUGUUGUCUGGACCGCGAAGAGUGUCCACGAAUGUGGGAGAUUGGCAUUCCGUAAGCGAAAAAAAAGAAGAAAGUGCUGGCCAAAUGCUAUGCACUGUGAAAACUGUCGCGAUUGAUUGAUUGGGCAAACACGGUGAAGACGGAAAAAGGAUAACCCGAUUGUGGGUGGCAGCUGUGUAGUGUGUGUCAGUGUGGCGCGCACACAAGCAACGAUCGAAACAAAAGCAGGAGCUGUGUGUUUGUGUGGCGCGCGCGUGCAUGUUCUUCACGCACUCACGCACGCACGCGAGUAAAACAUCUGUUCGAAUAAAGUGAGGGAUUGCUCGCGAGAACGAGAGAGAGAGAACGGAACGCAUACCAGCGAUUUCGCGCGGCGUGACUCCACAAAUACCAGCCCGAGCGGUCGGAGAGAGCGAGAUCCGCCGAGGAGAAGAGUGCUCAGGUUAACGACAGCAGCGUUGCCAGAUCAGCUGACUGGCUGUUGAACGACGUUCUCGCAACCCACCCUCUUUCCGCUCGGCUGAGCGCGUACAUUUUUCCUGUUGGACCCGGUUACAAAGCGGCUUAGAAAAUAAAUUUUAAUCUGACGCUCGGUUGGUUCGGUGGUGCUUCUGAGAUGUCCGACACCGGCAGUGGACACGACGGAGCCCAGAAGGACUACUCGCAAAAAAUGGAUGGCGGCGGCGGCGACUUUGACUCUGGGCAGCAGAGUCAACAGACGGAACAGGAACUGGCCACCAAGAUGCUGCAGAUUCAGUCAAAGCGGUUCUAUCUGGACGUGAAGCAGAACCGACGCGGCCGGUUCAUCAAGGUGGCCGAAAUUGGCGCCGACGGAAGGCGCAGCCAGAUCUUUCUGGCGUUGUCGACAGCGGCCGAGUUCCGGGAUCACCUGUCGACGUUCAGCGAUUAUUACGCCUCGCUGGGACCACCGAAUCCGGACAACGUGCCCGAGGAUGGCAAGCUAAAGUCCGAAAUGAUGAUCAAGGACAACCGGCGGUACUACCUUGACCUGAAAGAGAACGUGCGGGGCCGGUUUCUGCGCGUGUCUCAGACGAUCACCCGCGGCGGUCCGCGGUCUCAGAUUGCCAUCCCGGCGCAAGGGAUGAUCGAGUUUCGUGAUGCGCUCACCGACCUGCUCGAGGAGUUCGGCACGAACGACGGCGGCUUUAAGGGCGAGCUGCCCGAGGGGCGCCACAUGCGUGUGGACAACAAAAACUUUUACUUUGACAUCGGUCAGAACAGCCGGGGCAUCUACAUGCGGGUGUCGGAGGUGAAAAGCAACUUCCGGACCGCGAUCACCGUGCCGGAAAAGUGCUGGUCGCGGUUCCGUGACAUCCUCAGCGAUUACUGCGACAAGAUGAAGAAAACGUCCGAGUCAACCACAUCGUCGAUCACUGCCGAUAACCCAUUGCAGAAGCAAACAUCAAAUAAUAUGUAAAUUAGUGACGCGAGAGAGACAGAAUUCAAACAGCAACAACAACCCCCGUCGUUUUGGCUUCGUUUCCGCUUCCUUACGUUUUUUUUUCUCCUCCUUACUGGAGUCCGUGGCCGGUUCCGUUUGGGUCCUGCUCUCAAUUGUAAAAUUAUUAAUACCAUUUAGUUAUGUUUCAUUAAUUUUUGUUUUUCGUUACGUUUCCUUAAUUUCGUUCUAAAAGAAAGAAUUAUAUAUUAAAUUAUAAAUGAAAAGGAGUAUAAAAUAUAUUAUACAAAUAGUUAUAAACGAAAAAAACGAGAGAGAACAUCAGAUCUAAUCUGAAUAUAAACCGCAGUUAUAAGAAUUAAAUAAAGAGGAAAAUUUAACAAAUUAAAUUUAACACAACAAAAAAAUACAAGAAGAAAAAAUCAAUCCUUGCGCGUGCCGUUCGAAGCUGUGUGAAAUUUGCAAUCUUUUUGUGUUGUAAUGGAAAACGAAUUAUUUUUGUAAAAAAAAGAAUAUUAACUAAAAUAUAGUGUUUACGCUUUGGACAAACAUCAAUAGAGAUGAUUAGUGUAAAAUAUUAACUAUUUUGAAGUGGUUGAUCAAAAGAAAUAUUAAAUAAAAAUAUAAAUCAGAGCAGUCUAAACAAAAUCUAAUUAGUUUCGAAAACUAGUGCUAAAAGGUUGAUCUUUCAUACACACAGAGAGAUGGCGCAGCAAAGUGUGCAGGCUCGCGUGAUGAUUGAACCUGCAAAAUUACCAAUUACAAAAGGCAAAACACACAAGCAAAAUGGAACAAACAAGCAAAAAACAACAACCGGGAAAUAUUACAAACAAGCAAAAAACAAAAGGAAGCGCAGUUGAACGUAGCCGAAUUCUUAGCUGGAGCUGGCAAAAAAAAAUCCGAAACAAAAACAAAGCAAAAACAUUUUCCAGAAAAGCAGAGCGCAAACAAAAAAAAAAAUGGACUAGCAAUGAUGAAAAUGCAAGCGGGGAGAGACGAUCGCGUGGUUUUUCUUUUGAUUUUUUCAAUAAUCUAGUAGAUUGCAAUUAUUCAACAAAGUAUAGUAUAACUAGAGUUCGGAGGAACCCGCUAGUCUCUCUCUGCGAGCAGUGCUGGAAACAUUUGGGGCAAACACACACAUACACGAACACACAUACAAACAUUCACACUCUCACCCUUUCACUCACAAACAGACUUGAAGAACAUGCGACCGAGUGUAAAAAGGAGAUGAAAGUAUAAUGACAAAGUCAAUAUAUAUUACUGUUAAAUGUUACACUAAAAACAAAGGGGAAAAGCAAAGCUCUGCGCGGAUGAAUUUGUGUGAUUUUUUUUAUUUGUUUCUAGCGGAAAGCGAAAUUGAAAAACGGGGCACGAAAAGCGACACGAUCAUUGCCACAAUCCACUAAAAAGAAGUAACAUUUGUUUGCGUGCAUCAGUUUCUCCAUCUCCCUCUCACCAAACACAGAAGCUCUGAAGAAGUCAGAAUAAAAAGUCAGAAUUUACAAGCAAGUAGGAAAACGAAAAAAAAAAAACGUUUCGAGAAUCAUGCGUGGCAUUGAUCGAAAACAAGGCAAGAUAAAACAUGAUUGUAAAUCAGUGUGAAGAAAAAACAAAAGUAUAAGAAAGAAAAAAACAAACAAACUGGUCGUCCGAGCAAAACGUCUCCUAGAGGCAGCAUAAAAGCGUGGAACGGGACCAACAGCUGUGAUCUACUGUGAAAUGAGAACAAUUCUCCUAAUUUACACACACCCACGUAAAUGCGAGAUGAAAUUCCCACGUGUUAAACGAGUUUUUAAUUAUAGAUUAUUUUUUUCGCUUUUUCUUUGUUGAUGUCGCAAUACGGACAGUGGACGAAAUUAGACAUUUCUUUAAAAAUGGUCCAUUGACAUCGACUAAAAGUCGAUCGUUUAUUGCUUUGUUGUUUGUUGAUUUUAAAUCUGUUUGAAAAUACAAGAUUGUUGAAAGUUUGGACCGUCUGAAAUUGUUUUGAAGGUGGUGCGGAUUAGUUACUUAAAUUGUAUCGAUUUCUUCGUUCGACAAAUUUGGUAAUAAAAUUACCACUAAGCAGAAAGCUUUUAAAACCUUGGACUGCACGGACUAACACUGAAAGUGUUUUGAAAUCAUGUUUCUACUAUUAUAAUUUUGAGAAUUUUUCACGCAAACUUCCCUUAAAUUUUCUCAGUUCUUUGGUGUGCUCCCUGGUUAUCGCAUUCA